AUGGGUAUUCUCGACAAGAUCAAGGACAUUGAGGCGGAAAUGAACCGCACUCAGAAGAACAAGGCCACUGAGCACCACAUCGGUCUCAUGAAGGCCCGUUUGGCCAAGCUGCGCGCUCAGCUGCUGGAGCCGACGGGCAAGGGCAAGGGAGGCGGUGAGGGCUUUGCCGUCACCAAGUCGGGAGAUGCUCGCGUGGCCAUGAUCGGUUUCCCGUCCGUCGGUAAGUCGACGCUGCUGUCGAUGUGCACAGAGACCAAGUCCGAGGCGGCCGCCUACGAGUUCACCACCCUCACCUGCAUCCCGGGCCGGCUCGAGUUCAACGGCUCCAACAUCCAGCUCCUCGAUCUUCCCGGAAUCAUCGAAGGCGCCGCCCAGGGCAAGGGUCGCGGUCGACAGGUCGUCGCCGUCGCCCGUACCGCGGAUUUGAUUUUGAUCAUGCUCGAUGCGACCAAGGACGACAAGCAGAUCGAGAUUCUGGAGAGCGAGCUGCACACGGUGGGCAUCCGUCUCAACUCGCAGCCGCCCGACAUCUACUACAAGCCCAAGAAGGCUGGCGGUCUCGCGUUCAACAGCACGGUCCCGCUCACCCACAUCGACGAGAAGGUGUGCAGGCUCAUCCUGCACGAAUACAAGAUUCACAACGCGGAGAUUCUGAUGAGGUGCGACGCCACCAUCGACGAGCUCAUCGACGUCAUCGUGGGCCGCGCCCACUACGUCAAGGCCCUCUACGUGUACAACAAGAUCGAUCAGCUCUCCAUUGAGGAGGUGGACAAGCUCGCCAGGCGACCCCACUCGGUCGUGAUCUCUGCUGGCCUGCAGCUCAACCUCAUGGACGGCCUCCUGCCCGCCAUCUGGGAGUACCUCGACCUCGUCCGAGUCUACACCAAGCGCCGCGGCCUGCCGCCCGAUUUCUCUGAGCCCAUCGUCAUGCGUACCGGAGCCACCGUGGAAGAUGUCUGCAGGCUCAUCCACAAGGAUCUGGUGGACCAGUUCAAGUACGCGCUCGUGUGGGGCGCCUCGGCCAAGCACACGCCGCAGAGGGUCGGUCUCAAGCACCGGCUGCUCGAUGAGGACGUCAUCUACCUCUCCAAGAAGUAG